GGGCUCUUUCUGGAACUUCACAAAAUCUUCCUCUGAGAUUUUGUAGGCAACGAUCUGAAAACAAAGGUUCAUCAUGGCAAUCCUGAGAACUCUGCUUCUUCUUUGCAUUGUGUUCUCCAAUGCAGAGGGUAAUUUGGUUGAAAAAUGCCCUUAUGGAUGGAAAAAUUUUGGAGUCCGAUGCUUCAAGUUCUUCCCUCAGACUGUUAACGUGAUCACAGCAGAGAGAAACUGCCAAAGUCUUGACUCAAAUCUUGCAUCUGUGCACAAUAAAAUGGAAAACGAAUUUCUGAUGAGUCUGUUGCCACCUUCUUCCACGCACUCUUGGAUUGGUGCUCAUGAUGCUAUACAAGAAGGACAGUGGGUGUGGACUGAUGGAACUCCAUAUGACUACACUAACUGGUGCUCUGGUGAACCUAAUGGCGGUGGUUCAGAAAACUGUGUGGUGAUUAACUGGAGCUCUAAUGUUUGCUGGGUUGAUAUAACCUGUGCGACUUCAGCGGGCUAUUUUUGUGCUAAAGACCUGUAAAAUCAUAUGCAGUCGUCCUGCUCCACAGUUUCUUUGAUUUUACUACAUUUACAUAUUCUUGGAUCUUAUUCUGAAAUUAAGCUUCAUUAAAAUUUAUG